AUGAAUGCCCAGGUUUCGUUUCUGGAUGGCGAGCUGAGCCUCAUCCACAUUCCAUUGGACCUGUAUUCGGUCUUCUUCCAGCCCAUCUUGCAGAUGCUCCUGCCCCAGGCGCACAGCCUCUCCAAGCCAGAGGAUGACCCCGACCCGCCCGGGGGCCUCACAUCCGAGUACACCCACGCCUUCUUCAAUCUCAGUAUCACCCCCGUUGAGUGCUCCAUCGUCUGCCACACCUAUUGGGCGACCCACGUCUUUGCGCCAGCACUCCAGGCCGCCACCGAGCACCUGCCUGCCGACGUGCUCAAUACCGUGUCCAUUGCCAAGGAAGCCUACAUAGCACUUUGUGUCAUGAGCGGCGGCAUGGACGCCGGCUCGCGUGUUGUCGAUCUGUCGUCGCCACUCGCUCUGGCCGGCAUCCCCCUCUUCUUUAUCACCACAUACUACUCCGACUUUAUACUUGUGCCCAGCAAAGACCGCCAAAGUGUCCUCCGGGCGCUACUGUCCCGUGGUUUUGAAUUCUCCGAGCUCGAGUCGUCGUUUGUCUCGCCGGGCUCGCUGUCACACCCGCAGUCCCAGACGCAUCACCAGCGCGGCGGGCCCAGCAACAGAAGCAGCGGAAACAAUAUGAGCAGCAACAUCGCCAGCCUGCCGUCGCUCCACCAGGUCGACCUCGAUCCGCUACCCACCAACCCGGCCGAGCUGCAGCACCGCACAUUCAACCUGCUGCGAAAACGGAACGUCGUACCAUACAUUGUCCCUGGUCUGAACUUGGCGCACUGCUCUGGCAAGGGCAUCACGAGCGGCGGCAGUGGCAGCGGCGGUGGAGGUGCAGGAGGAGGCGGUGGUGGCAGCGGCGGCGGCGGCCACCACCUCGGCGGCCACGGGCCCCAGCGUCGCGGCACGCAGCAGCGGGAAAGCUGGGUCGACACCGUAGACACACGCUUCUACACUUGUUUGGUGGCCGCCCUGGCGCUGCCCCCGCGCUUCUUGUCCGUCACACUGGCCGCGCCCGACCCGCCGUCCGUCCUGCUCGACAAGACGCUGCUGCCGCUGUUUGGCAGUGCACUGGUCGGCGACGUCGCCGGCGACCUCGCACCCAUCUUCCUCGACCUCGUCACACUGCCCUUUGAGGCCACGGGUAUUGUCUCGGGCGUCGCUGGCAAGUUGGUUGCCGAGAUGGGCAAAAACGACAACGCGCCGGCCGAGCUGCCCGAGCUGUCCUACCUGUCCACAUCCAAGGCUGGCGCAGUCAUCCUGGCGAGCGAGCACGCGCCGAACGCGCUGCAAACAUUGCAGCUACCACUCGAGAGUGACGACACCUCAGGUAAAGAGGGGGAAGAAGAGAGUCGAGGAGCUAUCAAAAUUGGGUGA